UUGGGGAGCAGCAGUGUGGGGUGAGGGGGGCAGGGAAUAGUGCUGGCAGCCCCCCGGCAGCCCCCAAGGCCGGGGGUGGCAGUGGCAUCCCUGCAAUGCGCUUGGCAUCGCUUCCCCCGGGCUGGCGCUCGCUGCUGUCCAUGUGAUCGAGGGGCUGCUCCGUCCCACCGCUGGGUCCAGCCGCCCUGACGGUGAGCGAGCCAGAAGGUCGAGCCGACAUCCCAGGCAGAGCGUCCCCGGCACCGAGGAGGGUCCCCUGGCACCGGCUGGCAGUCCCCGGGGUCGUCCCUGCCAUGAUGCCCUGUGGGAAGAGGGACCCCAUCCUGCUCUCCCACGCCGAGCCACCCAGCACCAACGGCGAGGGUCCCCGCAGCGGUGGGGACGGCCGGCGGUCUGCAUCGGAGGAGGAGGGCCACCUCCCCGGCCUCCCCCGCGACGACCUCGCCAAGAGCAUGUCGGGCUCCUCCGUCUCCUCUUACCACUCUGCCCUGUGCUCGGAGGGGACAGAGACCUUCAAGGACUGCCUGGAGUUUCUGGAUGAGGAGGGGACGCCCCCCCGGGAAGCGGGGCGGCAGGGUGGCUGUGCCGAGGGGGCUGCCCUGGGGCGCUGGGCUCCGGCGGGGGCCCCCGCCAUCCCCCCGCCGCCCGGCCCCCUCACCCGCCUGCGGCAGGCUCAGCUGUCCAUCGCGGCUAAGAAUAGCCCGGCGCCGGGGCAGGGGGGCAGGAUGGGUCCCCUCGGCAGGGACCGGCAGCCUGCCGCCACCGGCGGGGAGCUGGCUCUGCCCCGGCAGCCCGGGGGGAUGCUCGGCGGGGCACCCAGCGAUUCGGACGAGGCGGACGGCGAGGUGCGGGCACUGACAGCCAGGGCUUUCCACAGCCUCUCGGGUCCUCCCGGUGCCCGCCUCGACAUGUGCAGCUCCCACACCUCCUCCAGCCUCUCCAACUCGCUGUCAGAGGACAACGGGCGGCCACGGUGGUGGCCAGCGGCCGGCGGCGAGUCCCGGGGCACAGCGGCAGCCCUCCACAGCAGGGUGGGCUGGCCCUUCCCCGCCGGCGUGGACGGGGAGCUGCUGGGCUUGCUGGGGAAGGAGCAGUUCGAGUGCGUGGACGUGGAGCUGGAGAGCGGGGAGGCCAGGAAGGGCCAUGGCAAAAAGAGAACCGUUCCCAAGCGCCAGAUCCUGCUGAAGAGGAAGGAGAGGAAGGAGACGGGUUUUGGCCCCUGGGGUGACGGCCCAGCCCCCCAACCCCCACCCCCUGCCAGGAAGGACCCCCCCAGCAAGGGCAGGGCCAUCGGAGAGGACUUCAGGCUCAACUACAAGCAGUUCAUGAAGACAGCGUCCCUGGAUGCUGACACCGGCAAGACCAGGGCGGCCUCUUGCCUGGUGAAAAACGUCCUCACCAAGAAAAUGCAGUACGAGCAGAGGAUCAGGAUGGAGCAGAAGGGGCUGCGGGGCAGCUCGACCUCCUCCGGGCCAUCCUCUGCUGGCACCGACCUGCUGGGGGACGGCCUGGAGGGCAAGUCCAGCUCGCUGUCCCGUUCAGACUGCAGCUUCUCAGCCGAGGACCUGCGGGGCGGCGGGAUGCCGGUGGCCGGGGGGGACACCACCACCACCCGUCCCGCCAAGGGGGUGGUGCUGAGCGAGGCGACGAGGGAGAGCGUCUGCAAGCUGAAGACAACCUUCAACGAACUCAACGAGAGGAUGAAGUACCAGGAGGUGCUGGGGGGCCACUGGCUGCCCAAUGCCACCGAAGAACCAACAUCGGAGAGGAUCCGCUACCGGCGAGCACGCGCCUUGUUCGAAGCGCAGCCCGAGGUGGGGAAGGCGCUGGAUGUUGCCCCCAGAUUUGAGAGAGUGCCGAAGCCGUGGCCCAGCUUGAAGCAGCGAGCCAUCCGCCCCAGCCACCCCCAAACCCUCCCCUUUGAGGCCAACAGCCUGGCGCUCCCCGCCGCGCCGCCCCGACGCCUCUUCACCUCCCGAGCGCAGGAGGUGAGGCUGGUGCCGCAGAGCCAGCGGGAGGAGAAGCCACCAGCAGCGCCCCGCCAGCCACCCAGCCCCAGCACCCCGCCCCGGGGGUCCCCGCUGGCCAUUCCCCCCAGGAUGGAAGAUAAGACGAAGGGGUGCAUCCCCCAGCCCCGGGACGUGCGCAAGCUGGUGAAGAGCAGCUACAGCCUCUGCUUCGGGACUGUCAGCGCAUCCCAUGGCACCACGGCACCGGCGAGCGGUGGGGAGGCGCCGUCGGCCACCCCACUUGUCAUCCACUGCACCUCUGUCUGCCGACGGGAGACGGCAACCGAGCCAGGGGAUGGGGAAGUGCUGGCAGCUGCCAGCCACGAGCCAGCCCCGGCACACACCGAGGGCCCCACAAAGCUUGCCAGUGACCAGCCUUCACCCGCCCGGGGCUCCCCCGUCCACAUCACCAGGGUCCAGGCCACGCGGAGGGGGGUGGCCGCAGUGGAGGGACCGGCGGCAUCCCCCCCACGCCGGGAGCGGAGCGAGCUCAGGCUGCCGCCGCGGGUGCCAGCGGUGGAGGGGGUGCCACACCUGGAGACCCACCUCCAUGUCUUGGUGGGCCGGCGGUCCCCGGCGUUGGCCGGGGAGGGCUCCCCGGCUCAGAGCAAUGCCAUGCUGCGGACAGAGAAGACCGUUCUCCUCCCACCACCGCCGUCGAGUCCCACGGAGGGACAGGAUGGACGGGGCCACAGUGGCACCAGAGGGCUCCACGCCGCCGAGGGGCCUGAGUCAACAGAGCAGCGGCAUGGUGGCAACGACAGUGGGGACCACCGAGCCAGACCUCCAGCUGGCAGCGGCGUGCACCCACAGCCUGGGGAACCAUCGGAGAGAAGCGCACCGAAGCCACCCACAAGCGAGCAAGUGUCGGCAGGGAGCAGCGGCUCUGCGGGCAGCACUGGCCCCACCGCCCCGUUUCGAGCCGGGGAGGCCGGCAAAGGUGCCUCUGGCCAGCUGCCGGAGCAGAGGGAGGCCUGGGAGCAUUUACCAAAGUGGCCGGCAGCCACUGAGCCGUACCUUCCUGCUUCCCCGGCAGAGAACUCCAAUUACUUAGCAAUUCCUGUGAAAGCCCCCAAAUCCUCUCUGAUGCCAAAGCUGUCCUCGGUCCCCAGCCCAGCCAGCGUGUCCUGUGGGACCCCUGUGGUCCCCAAGCCAGUCAGCACAUCCUUUGGGACCCCAUUAGUCCCCAAUCCAGCUAGCACAUCUUUUGGGACCCCCUUGGUCCCCAACCCAACCAGCGCAUCCUUUGGGACCCCCUUGGUCCCCAACCUGGCCAGCAUAUCUUUUGGGACCCCCUCAGUCCCCAAGCCAGCCAGCACAUCCUUUGGGACCCCCAUGGUUCCCAACAUGACCAACUCAUCUUUUGGCUACCCAGCAGCCUCCAGCCUGGCCAGCACAUCAUUUGGGGCUCCCUUGGUCUCCAACCCCACCAACAAGUCUUUUGGGACCCCCUUGAUCCCCUACCCAGCCAGUGCAUCCUUUGGGACCCCCUUGGUCCCCAACCUGUGUGGCGCAGCCUUUGGUACCCCCUUGCUCCCUAACUCAGCCAAUGCAUCCUUUGGGACCCCCUUGGUCCCUAAUCCAUCCAGUGUAACCUUUGGGACCCCCUUGGUCCCCAGUCCAUCCCGUGCAUCCUUUGGGACCCCCUCAGUCCCUAAUGUGGCCAACUCAUCACUUGGGUCCCCCUUGGUCCCCAACCCAGUCCCCGCUUCCCUUGGGCACCCAUCAGUCUCCAACGUGGCCAGCUCAUCCUUUGGUUCCCUUUUGGCCCCCAACCCAGCCAGCGCUCCACUGGCCAGUGGGGAAGCGCCCUGGAGCAAACCCACCCCCGAGCCCCCCCUGCCCCAGCCCCCCGAGGGCCUGGCAGCUGGGGAGCACCCGGUGUCGCUGCCCCCAGCCCAGCCCCAACCUCGCCUCGAGGAUGCUCCCCAUUUCCUAAGGAAGACUGAGGGCACCUCUCUGAGCAGUAAGAGUACGCCCAGCCCCACCAAGCCCUUCGCCCCCCACCUGCCCACGCACCGGAGGAUGCUCGUCGAUCCCGACAGUGGGAAAUGCUACUACAUGGAGCCGCCGCGGCAGCCCCAGCUGAAAACACUCUAUGACCCUGAGACAGGGCAAUACCUGGAGGUGCUCAUCCCACCAGUGGCAUCGCAUGCCGGGCUCUACCAGGCUCCUUUCAACCCCCUGGUCAUGGCCCCAGGGGUUUAUGCUCCACCCUACAUGCCCUACAGCAGCUUCCCAGGGCUCCCAGCACCCCCACCGCCCGCUGCCCCCUCCCCGGUGCACCCUGACCUGCCGGCUGCCGAAAACCCCAGCUUCUCCAGGACCUUCAGCCCUGCUCCCAAGGGUGAGGGGCCACCCGCUGCUGGGGGUCCUGACUGCGGGUACCUGGAGAGCCUGUACUACAUCCCCACGGGGAUGCGGGCCAGCCCUGGCCCCAGCCAGCCCCCUGCCCGUGCCAGCCCUGCCAGGCCCGAGAAGGGACCGCUGCUCCAGAUGUGAUGGUCCUCGGCUGGGGACGGACCCUUGUGGCACGUCCCUUCCCAAACGGCCAGGCUUUAACCCCAAAAUCAGCAUCACCCCCCAGCACGGGAGAUAUACCCCCUGCCUGCGGCUGAGCUGGCAAAGCGCCAAGGGAUAACAGGCAACGGCUGGACCUCACCGGCUCCUCAUGGGAAUGGGGAGAAAAAGGGCAUUUCCCAAUGUGAGCACCUGGCAGCCCCGGGGAGGCCUGAAGUCAUGGGCCCCGACAGCAAAGGGACCAGAUGCACAGCCCCCCCAC